AUGGAUGAAACCUCCUUUGCCAUUCCGGUCCAGGUGCAAGACCUCUACUCGGCUUGGAUCGAGGAAAAGUUUAGCUCCUACCGACCCAGCCAAGACGCUACACAUCCACUGCCAGUAAAGGAGCCUACCACAACCUAUGGACAGGUGCUCUUUGACAGCGACAAUGGCAACCUCAGUGCCACCCAUCUCUCACUUGGGGCCAAACCCUACAUCCGCGUGGCCGCCGAUACGGAUGUCAAAACUCUUUGCCAGAUGAUCAACGAGCACUGGGAUAUCAAAAUGCCUCGAUUCGUCGUCUCCAUCACUGGCGCUGCUCAAAAUUUCAAUCUUCCACCCAGACUCAAUGACAUGAUUCGCAGCGGUCUGCAAACAGCCGCUAAAACAGACGAAUCCUGGCUCAUCACGGGGGGGACCAACUCGGGCGUCAUGCGCUAUGUUGGCGAUGCCAAUGCCGACAUCAUCUCGGAAACCAUUGUUGGCCCCAUCUUUGGCAUUGCCAACUGGUCCACACUCAAUGGCCACGAGCAGUUGAAGUAUCUUAAUCCCUCUGAUCCCAACCCUCAACCCGUUCGGGGCCAGGUGGCCAUGUACGGCAACCCCGACGAAUAUCCUGAACCUCACCGCUCUUUGGAUCGCAACCACACUCAUUUCAUUCUCGUGGACAAUGGCAACCCCAGCCGCAAUGCAUGGGGUGGAGAGAUUGAGCUUCGCACAAAGCUUGAGCGCCAGCUGGCCAAAAUGAACGGCUUUGGCGAGUUUGACGUGGAAUUUCCCAUUGCCAUGGUCACGGUGUGCAUUCAAGGUGGCCCUGGUACAAUUAAUACCAUGAAGGGUGCUGCCUCAGCCAACAAUGCCCUCGUCAUUGUCAACGGCAGUGGUCAAGCUGCCGAUGCCCUGGCCUACGCCUACUAUCUUCGGCAUGAGCCCUCGAAUGAUGACUAUUCGGAGGAGGGCCUCGUUGAUCUUGUCACACGACAACUCAAUGGCAGGACUGACUUGAUCAGCGAUAUCAAAAAGGUCGUGGAAGUCAAACACCAGUGCUACAUCUACAACGUCGAUUACACGGGCCGUAUUGAGUUGCCUCUGGACAUUGCCAUUCUGGAUGCCAUUCGCAUCAACGAAGCACGCAAUCCCGCCUGCCGCGUCAACUCCUGGCUCAACCUCAAGAAUGAUAGGCAGGAGGCCCAGCGAACCCUCACGCUCAACAAGCUUACUGAUCAGCGGAAUGCUGCCAGUGAUCAAGCGACCAUCAACUUUCUAACCAAAAAAAUCGAUCACGAAGUUAAAGAUCGACUCAAGCGCCUUCGCUUCCAAGCUGAAAUAUCCAAAGUUCGGCUGCUGGAGCUUGCCCUCCUUUGGAAUCGCUACGACAUUGCCGAGGAUCUCGCCAUGAAGACGCGCCUGAUCCAAGACUUCAGCCGCAUCCAAGAAGGCGAUGACGAGGACGACAAGAAGCUCCUCAAGUCCAAGGCCCGCAUGCUCAAGUGGGCCAUGCAGCGCGAUCGUGGUGGCUUUGUGCGCCUUUUCUUGGAAACCAUGGACCGAGAGGACGUCCAGAUGUUUCUUGAGCAGAGCGGCAAGGACUUUCCCACGACCUCUGCCAACAAAGCCAAUCCACUUCUCUCCCAGCGCAACAAGCAGGGUCUGGCUAGCUUAGCGGCCAACCAAGAAACACAGCAGCGUUUCAAGAUUCCGCUCCCGCCAGAGGUUUUUGCAGAAGUGCCCCCUGUGCACCUGCGCCGAAUUUACUUGACCUGCUUUGAGGAGCGCAUCGACUACGAUCGCAGUACCAUCAAGAGCCUGGCCUUGAACGCGGCCUUUCAAAUCAACCGCGAUCAUAAAGCCAUUCUUGAGCAGCUGUACAAGGAAGAGCGGUGUACUGCCUGGCACCUCAAUCAUGACAGCGAGCAAUUUGUCAUCAACUGGCUGCUGGCCAAAGACUAUAUGGUAUCUGAGCUUGAGGAUGAACCACAGACCCUUGAUGACACGGCUCGUCGCGAACUUGCUGAAGAGCUGGCCAAAGGCUUGCAUCAUCUCUGGGUGCAUCGCCAGUUUGCCAUUGGACGCGCUAGAAUCAUUGAAGACGUGGACGGCUAUCUCCAUCACAUCACCACCCGGGGUGGCAUCUCCAUCUGGCAGCCAUCCACACUUGAGGAACUUUACAUCAACUUGACGGUUCCGCGCUCGAAUCGCGAUAUUCCAAUCGUCGAAACCCUCUCGCGGACCUUCAAAGGUGGCGAGUUUACCAUCGACUGCGUACUCGGCCACUAUAAAGAUCUGUUGGUGGCCAAUGAUGGCCAUCCGUUUGAUCUGAGCCUCGACGAGUUCAAAAAGCUCUCACCUUACUUUCAUUUGAUGCUGUGGGCGGUCAUUGGCAACCGCAAGGAGCAGGCGCUGUACUACUGGUCGAUCGAUCGGUCUUUUGCCAUUGAAAAUGCCCUCAUUGCUUUUAUCGUGGCGUCAAACCUCGGCGAUCAGAAGCAGCUUCCGGUGGAGCUGCAAUUUGACUAUCAAGACAUGGGGGAGGCGUUUAUGGAUCACGCCCGGCCACUCCUCAGCUACUUCCGCUCAGCCAACUCCAUCACCUUGAAUGAGCUCCUGCUGAACCAAACUGUGCAGGCCGGCCGUCUCCCAACUUGGAAACUUGCCUAUAUUGCCAAGGAUGGCGAGUUUGCAGCACAGGCCCCAAUGCUAGACGUGGUUUCGGCAAAGUGGUAUGGCAAGGUCGACCGGAGCAAUUCCAUGUGGAAGCUAUUUUUCGGCUGCCUGUGCCCACCCUACGUCAUGCUCCCGGCCGAGCCUCUCACUGAGGGCGAGUAUCUUCAAACUCUCUGGCAGCAGCUGAGAUCGUUCCUCUUUGUGCGCGUCCGCCUCAACAAGAAGCUUGCUUUUGACAUCGAUCGUCUGGCUCUCUUUCGACCCACAGAACACAACAAGUAUACCUCCUCGCUGGGCAUUCCAUCGGCCGAGCAUCACCGCCAAGCCAACCCGACUGCUAUGAUCCGCCGCAUCUUGAAGCCCAAGGCCAACAGAGACGAUGAAAGUGAGCGCCAGGUUGAGGGCGCACUGACAACGCAGGACAUGAACCCCCUGCGCCAUUAUCAAACCAGGAGCGAUUCCCUUGCCAGCCAGGCCAGCUCCAACGCGUCCUUGGACAAGGCUCAAUUUUCUUCCCCCGCUCGAUUGUCUGGGUUUGAGAUCAUCCGCCGCCGAAUGUGGGCGUUUUACGAAGCUCCCAUCAACAAGUUUAUCUUGCAAGCUGUCUGCUACAUUGCCCUUUUAAUUGUCUAUACCCUCUCCACAUUGCCACAAACACGCUAUUUGCUGACGUACCAUUCGGAUCAAUUUUGGUUUUACGUGACAGCAGCUUGGAUGCUGACCAUGUUCCUCGAGGAGCUGCGCCAGGCCACGCAUAGCACCAUCGAUGCAUGGUGGUCCUCGCUUUGGAACCGAUGGGACUUGGUGAUGUACGUCAUGUACUUGAUCUCUGUCCUGUUGCGCCUAGAUCGUGAUCCGCAAUUCUUGGGGGCUGCGCGUGUGUUUUAUUCGUUGGUGGCAGCCAUGCUAUGGUUUCGCCUGGCGCGACUCUACGCCGUCAGCCGAACGCUUGGUCCCAAAUUGGUCAUGAUCCAGCUCAUGGUGAAGGACAUCAUGGUUUUUUUGGCCUUGAUGUUUGUUGUCUUUGCGGGCUACGCCAUUGCCCUUUUUUCAACUCUAUAUUCAGGACGCCGACUCGACGAAUUCACCUUGACAGAGCUGGUAUUCCAACCCUACUUUCAAAUUUAUGGCGAGCUCUUCCUGGAGGAGAUGCGCAGCGAAACCUCAUGUAUCAACGAGAACUUUAGUGGCUGCGGCAAUGAUACGGGCUUCUUUGCGGCCGUGCUUUUGGCAUUGUAUUUACUCAUUGCCAACGUACUGCUGGUCAACUUGCUCAUUGCGAUGAUGAGUGCGACCUACGAUCAAGUGGAAUCGCAAGCCGAGCAAUUAUGGGCGUUGCAAAACAUUGAGGCUCUCCUGGAAGUGGAUCAAGCAUGGUUUCUGCCGGCGCCUUUAAAUUUUCCACGGAACAUCUGGCUCUUUGUGCAAUUUCUCUUGCGCUGCAACCCCAAUAACAGCGUCAAGCCGCGCGAUCUUGUGGAAAUCAACGAGCCCGAGGACAGUGUCAUGGAGUUUUCCAAGCAGACAACUCUGCAGUAUUUUGUGGAGCAGCGCACACACGACCAGCACGCCGAGACACUCAAGGGCCUGGUUGCCAAUCAGCAGCUCCUCAACCACAUUGUCACUUUGAUUGUGAACCCCGAAGCGAAGCAUAAUAAUAACAGCAACAUGGCGACUGAGGAGGCGGAUGAGGUUGCAGUGGUUGGCCGUGAGGAUGCACCAGUAAACAACCUGGAUGCGCUACUGGAGUGGGAGACGCAGGGGCCUUCCUUUUGUGUGCCGCGUGAUCGUCGGCGACAUGGCAGCGUCGAGCUCCCGACAUAUCAGCUCUAUCAUUGGCAUUUGAUCGACACCUUUGUGUAUUUUGCCCACCAACUGGUGACUAUUCCGCCUCGACAGUGGAUUGACGUGGCUCACCGGCAAGGUGCCAAGAUUCUUGGAACCUUCAUCACCGAAUGGGAGGCUGGAGCCCGGGUGUGCAAGCAACUGCUAGCAAACGAGGCAACCUGGGAACGGGCUGCGCAAGCCUUGGCUGAUAUUGCCUCGCAUCACGGUUUUGACGGUUGGCUCAUCAAUAUCGAGAACAACCUCGAGGCUUGGGAGGUUGAGCCAAUGUGUCGCUUUCUCGAGCUUGUUCACCGCAAUUGCCACAAGACGCUUGGCACGGAUGCGUGCGUAAUUUGGUAUGACUCUGUGACCAAAGCAGGCCAGUUGCAGUGGCAAAAUGAGCUCAACUCGGCCAACAAGCUGUUCUUUGAUGUCUGCGACGGUAUCUUCCUCAACUAUACAUGGCUUCCCGAUGGUCUAGCACGCAGCGCUGCUGUUGCGCGUCAAAGACAGCAAGACGUCUAUGUGGGCAUUGACGUUUUUGGACGUGGAACCUAUGGCGGUGGACAGUGGAAUUGUGCCGCAGCGGUUCAAUCGAUAACGCGACACCAGCUUGCCAUAGCACUUUUUGCGCCUGGUUGGGUGUACGAGAAUCUUCCUUUGGAAGACUUUGCAGCAAACCAACGCCGCUUCUGGGCUCAGUUUGAAAGCACGGGAGUCGUUGAACAUCGACCAAAGACGCUGCCCGUUCAGACAAGCUUUUCUCUUGGGUCGGGAGAUAAAUGGUACCUUGAGGGCCAGCUGAUUCGCUCGAGUCCGUUGGCCACGCUGGCAGGCCAGCCCGAUGCGGCAGCAAGUGGGCUUGGCACUCCAGAACUGGAUUUGGCAUCAGACUGCGUGUGGCGCGGUACCAGUUCGCUACGCCUUACCAUCCCUCCAGACCACGGCCAGCCCGAGGCAGGUGCUUGUGUAUCGCAACUCGUCCUACGCCUACAGAUAUCCAGCCAACUGCCCGUGACAGUCCGCUUUGUCACGCGUGCAACGCAAGGCUGGACAAGCAUACGCUUGGCCCUAGCCUCGGAGACGGGUGAGCCUGUCGAUGCUCUUGAUCUUCUUCCCAAGAGUCGCGUAGCUGGCAACGCUCGGCCAGAUGGCGCCCACGUGGUAGUGGCAACGGAGCUUCCCACUGAGAGUGGGUGGCAGGUUUACUCGGCUACAGUGCCGCCUGAUUUGCUUCAGGGACGCGUCAUCACUGCUGUCAAUCUGCAGCUCCACGAUGUUUGUUUUGACAAUCAAGAUGUCGUUGUGGCACACCUGGGACACUUGAGCUUGGCCAAUGGCAAUGAGAUUAAAGAUUGGAGCGCGUGCUCACCACGUCUUUCACGGGAAGAACACGUCAAUGACACCAAGAACCACUAUCGCCUUAGUCUACAUCAGAGCCAGGCAUGUGUGCGGAGCUACGUUUUUGUAGACGACGAGCUUUACACGGUCACACAUGAGUUCAGUCACACUCAUCCCACAACAUUUAUGCCUCCUGUCUCGCGCACAGUCAUCGACGGAAUUGUAUUUAAGCGAGCCCCUUGCGACGCGAUUGAGCGUUUGCUACGAACGCAGCGAUGGCCAGAUGAGUCCUCGAGUACCAGUAGCCCGUACGUAAAGCAAGACCGCAAUACUGGCAGCUACACCGUCACCCCAUCGGCGACCUCAGAGAAUCGCAGAGAAACGCUACAACGUGCCAUCGAGAGCGUGGGCACAUGCCCACAUCGCUUGCGCAACGGCAACGAAGCUACGAAGCUAAGAUGGAUUGGCCCGUACAUCGGUGCCUACAUUGAUCGUCGCCUCCGCCAAGCCGGCGCCUCGGCUGCCGACUUGAUCACCUCUUCGCGAAGGGUGACAUCAAGUCGCCGACCUCGAGUCAAGCCACCCCACACCUCCGUGACUGCGGAACCCAAGUCUGAUGCGCCUAUUUCAAACUUGCGACCAUCGCCCCAGGCGACGUGCGGCCGCCCUACUCUUGUCCUGGAGGGCUUGUCAAAGCAGCGCGAGCAUGGGUUCAUCUCGAAUAACAAGAUCCGUCAAUCGCUGCUCAACAUGACGCUGGAACAGAACAUAUACUUGAUACAAACGCGCAAUACUGACCACACGGCAGAGCGUCUCCGGGUGCUCAACAAGCAGCUCAAAGAGCAAUACAAUGCUGAGCCGCUACGAAUAGCCUUUGCGCAGCAGCUGACCUGCUUGGCCGGUCUCACCCCUCAAGAUGCCUUGCUUCUGACUGCACACUUUCCCACCCCACAAAGCCUCAUGGCUUUUAUUCGAGAUAGCAUGGCAACCUCGCCCGCGGCUGACUCGGAGUCAAAUGACGACUGCGGAGAGUCGUUGGCAAAGCGGCUCAAACCAUGCAUCAAAAAGCUAGCCCAAUUAAGCAGACAAACGAACGAGCAUGGUGCUGUGCGCAAGUUUGGCUCGGUCAAGGCUGCCAAGAUUGUGCACCUGUAUGCACGACUCAAGGCUGACUGA